AGCCUGGAACGUUGUGGAAGGAUGUGAAGAAUGAAUUGCAAGACGUCUUGAAGAAAUACUCCUUGGAUUUUCCAAAUGAACAAAUGAAGAUCUUCAACGACCCCAUCCAUGGUCACAUGGAGCUGCACCCCCUGCUGGUGAAGAUCACAGAUACUCCUCAGUUUCAGAGACUGAGACACAUCAAACAGCUGGGAGGAACAUAUCUGGUGUAUCCGGGCGCUUCCCACAAUCGCUUUGAACACUCACUUGGUGUGGCGUAUUUAGCAGGUUGUCUGGUGAAGGUUCUUCAUGACAAUCAGCCCGAGCUCAAGAUCACCAAACAGGAUUUCCUGUGUGUUCAGAUCGCUGGUCUGUGUCACGACUUGGGUCAUGGCCCACUUUCUCAUGUUUUUGAUAGUCUGUUUAUCCCUGAAGCCGUAAAAGAAAAACAACUGAAAGGCUUGUCUGAUGACAGAAUGAAAGAAAAAAAAGAAUGGAAGCACGAGCAGAUGUCAGUUCAGAUGUUCGAUGACAUUGUGAAGCGUCUGAAGGCUGAGAAUGAAGACGUGUUGAAAGAACAUGGACUGGAUGAUAAAGAUGUGAUCUUCAUUAAAGAGUUAAUCGAAGGGGCAGAAACCUCAGAGUGGACAUACGAGGCCAGAGAUGAAGACAAAUCCUUCCUGUAUGAGAUCGUGGCAAAUAAACAGAACAACAUUGAUGUGGACAGAUGGGACUAUUUCGCACGAGACUGUCAUCACCUCGGCAUCCGAAACAGUUUUGAUCAUCAGCGUCUCCUGAAGUUUGCUCGAGUCUGUAAAGUGAACGGGAGAAAUCACAUCUGCUUCAGAGACAAGGAGGCUGAUAAUGUUUAUGACAUGUUUCGCACCCGAUACACUCUCCAUCGCCAGGCCUAUCAGCACAAGAUCUGCAACAUCAUCGAAGACAUGUUCACAAAAGCCCUCAUAAAAGCUGACCGUGACCUUCAUAAAGACAAACCAGAGGAUAUGUUCACAAUUUCUGAAGCCAUACACGAUGCUGAGGAAUACACCAAGCUCACAGAUGAGAUCUUUGGGCAGAUCUUGUCCUCCACGUCUGAAAACCUGAAGGAAUCUCGAGAUAUCUUGAACAAGAUUAUCAACAGAGAACUGCCAAAGUUUGUGGGAGAAGCUCGAUUAAUGGAUGAAAACAAAUCAAAGAUGAGUCCUGACCAAAAAAGCACCAAAGCAAAAAUGCAGGAAAAGCUGACAGAAACAUGGAAGAAGGCAGUAAAGACGUACAUACCUACUGACUCUCCAGUUUCUCAGAAGGCUGAUGAUUUCUCAGUUUAUGUGGUUGAUCUGGGUCACGGCAUGAAGGGCAAAAAACCCUUUAACAACAUUUAUUUCUACAGCAAAUGGAACAACAAAGAAGCCUCAUGUAUUGAGAAGAAUCAGCUGUCUAGUUUCCUGCCAGAGACCUUCACUGAAGAGCUUGUUAGGGUGUACUGGGACAAACCUAAUAAGAACAGGAUGGAGGAGGCUGAUAAGUGCUUUAAGGAGUGGCGCAAAUCAAACUUUGGACUCUAAUUCUAUAAAAUGCCCAUCUAAAUCUCUGUAAGCCCAACUCUGGAGCAUUUGAAAGCAAAGUCCUUAUUUUGUGCUGCUGGACUUAGUGAGCUGAUAUUAAUAUAUUUGUACUUCUUUUAGGUGAUAUUGGGCAGCCAGACCAAAAUCAAGCAUUUAGCAGUGCCUUUUUUUAUAAAGUGUGGAUUUAAAAAUGUAGCUCACUUCUUUAAGCACAAAUGAUUUUCAGAAUGAUCACUAUUCUUUUUCAUCUUAUGAAAGCUCCAAAAUGACAAAAAAGCAC